AUGAGGGCGUUUGUGGGCCUGAACCUGCGCCACCUGCUGGUGGUUGACGGGCAGAACUGCGUGGCGGGCAUCAUCACGCGGAAGGACCUGGACCACGCGGCUGGGCACGGCUGGUGGCGCAUGAGCGAGAUCGCGCCCAAGCCCAACCAGGAGGGGCAGAACAGGGGCGGCCUCUCAGGCCUCAACGGCUUCCUGGAUGGAUUCAGGAAGAUCCCAUCCUACGGGUUCCUCAAAUCCCUCGUCAACCCCGGCGCCGCCCGCGGCGCCGCGUCGCCGACGCCGCCGCCGCCGUUUGCGCCCAAGGGGCCCGGCGGCGCCGACUCGCCGCGCGCGCCGCCGGGCGCUCUGCUCGGGGUGGGGCGGGACCCGGACGCAUACCUUGGCGGCGGCGCCAGCACUGGCCGCGGCAGCGGCAGCGGAGGCUCGAGCGACGCGGGCGCGGCGGCGCGCUGCCCCGGCCUCUCCUGGGAGGUGCUCCUGGGUGGCCCCGUGCUGCUCGCCACAUAUGCGCUCUCGACGGGCGUCACAUGGGCGCUCGCCGCAAAGCGCCACAAGCGCGAGCGCGCGCUGCUCUGCGGCUGCAGCGCCGGCGGCGCCGCGGCGGCGGUUGCGCUGCCCUUCAUAGAGGCCGCCCUCGGGCCGCCCGGCGUCGCGGCGGCGGCCGCGGUGCUCCUUGCCAACACUAUUGCAGUCCACGGGGCGUCCUACCUUCUAUUCGGCUCCGCGGGCCCCGCGUUUCCAGAGUCGUACGAGCACGAGGACGGCGGGGUCUACCGCGGGGAGUGGCGGGGCAUGAGCAAGGAGGGCCUCGGCGUCUACACGUGA